AUGAAAUUUGCCAAAGAAUUCAAAGAUGCCCUUGCCAGAGAAGGCUUUCCGCCACGCUGGGUAGAUUCUGCCAUUCCUUAUGGUCUGCUAAAGAAAUCUCUUAAAAAGAUUGCGACCGAGUUAGCACAAUGCGGUCUGGAUCCUGCUGCGCUUGCAAAGUUGAGAGAGAUUUCCAGUACUGGUCCUGCUUACUUGUAUGAUUUCAAGGGGUCAAAAUUUCGGCCCACCCUCAUCUUACGGCUUGAACAAGGUGUUACUGUUGAUGCUAGGCUGUCAGCUGACACGAGAAGAUAUCUAGAGGAUCUGGUAAGUCACCAUCGGGAUCUUUCAGACGUGUCGCUAUCCGAUCCCGCUGGUGACGAAGGUGGCCAAAUUGUUCCUAUAGAUCCAUCAUCAGAGAUUGAGGUGGAACGACCUCUUGUUCGAGAAGUCGAAGUGCCUCUGACUUUCGAUGCAGAAUUCUUCGGUCUUCUGCAGGGAGAUGUUGAAAAUCUUGAUGCGCUCCAAGACGAGGAACAACGGGCUCUCGUCGCUGAGGUUGGCGAUCUUUCAAAAGAGCUCGUUAAGCUCAGCGAGCCUUCAAGGUUCAAAAAGACCGACCAGUAUCGGUGGAGAGAAUUGUUUGAUGUUUACGUACAGGCUGGAAUAUUCUUUUCGGACCUCGAAAAGGAUCAUGGUAAGCGUGAUAGUGUAGCUGCAUUAAAGCGUUUACAAUGGUUCCAGAGUGAAGUAGUCAAGAGAGGUAUUGUAGAUACAUUCAAACUAUCCCCUAGCCGUAAAGCAUUGAACCAGUUUAUCAGCAUUAAUGUUACGCUACUCCGAAAUCUCCAAUUUCAGGAGAUUAACCAAAAAGCAAUUGCCAAGAUAUUGAAAAAAUUUGAUAAAAGGACAACACUUGGUGCUAGGCAAACAUUCCCCAGACUGAUCCAGUCCGACGUUAUCAUGACGGAAGCGAUGGCCAGAUCUGUAUGCGCACAGGUGACACAGGAUCUUGUUCAAAUAGUACCUCAGUUGAGUGAUUAUACUUGCCCUGUCUGUCUGGCGAUAGUAUGGCGACCAAUAAGAAUGGAAUGCAAUCAUGUUCUAUGUGUUCGAUGCACGGUGUUCAUGCAGCGGCGUGGGACCAAUGCCUGCCCCUUGUGCCGAGACGAAGUGAUUUUAAAGGCUGAUCAAGAUAACAUCGAUGAAAAACUCUCCAAGUUUCUCUUGAGGAAUUUUCCCAAAGAAACAAAGGAAAAACAGAUUGAGCACGAAACGAUAGAUGGCAAGGAGAGCCGAGGUUUUACUUUUGAAAUUCUUCCCGAUGAGAUUGUGCAACAAAUACUCUACUUCAGUUCUCCGCACGAUACUCUCUCGAAUAUCCAACUUGUUUCAAAGCGAUUCAAUCGCUUGGGAAAUGAGCCAUUACUUUGGCGAUACCACUGUCGCGUACACUUCAAGUACUGGGAUGCGAGACAUGCCGUCCUUCAAAAGUUUGCCGGUAUUGUAGGAGAUGUGAAUUGGAAAGGCUUAUAUAUCCAUCGGGAAAACGUAGAUGCAAGAACAACAACCGCUUUGAAUGGUCUUCUCGAGAGUCGAGCUAAUCGUAUUGUGAACUUCGAAGAAAUUGGACGUUUUGGAUAUGAUGCAAAAGAUGCGCUUUUGCGACACAGUCGCAUGCGUGGCGAUGAUUAUCUUGCUAGAAAGUACUAUGCUUGUGCAGUGCUUGACUUUAUUCAUCGCUCAAAAGCUCUCGCAGUAUGGUCGAAGCUUGCUAGGGGCGAGGAGGUAUCCCUAGAAACAGCACUGGGAGCUUACGAUAUGUUUGUUCUACAUGACAACAUCGGGGAUUUUCAGGAGGUUUCCGAUAUUCUUGACGACCUUGCCACUCGUGUUCGAACUGACUACCCAAAAUUCGAUUGUAUGUCUACUCGACAACAAGCCCUCGCAAUUGUUACGUUUCUGCGCGACCGUAACCUUUUAGGUCUCAAUAAUGAACUCAACUAUCGCAAUUUACAAAAUAACUAUAUCAGUCUAGCACUGCAGGAGCCAGAGCAUUCUUCGUUGCCACUGGUCUCUGUCGCAAUAUUUUGUGCGGUAGCUCGAAGAACUGGACUUGAUGCUAGGGUCUGUGGUAUGCCGAGUCACGUAUAUGCUAUGGUUCUCCCAAAGCCUUCUAUAGACCUCGAUGACAAGCCACUUAAACAGAAGGACAGCGCCGUGGAACCCAUGUAUUUAGAUCCAUUCCGAUCAGCAUCAGAAAUCCCCUUGGAAAAUCUUCAGCGAUUAUGGACGGCUUGGGGUGUCCGAGGAGUAUCAUUCUCCGAAUUCGUCGCGGAUUCUUCUGCUACCAACAAUAUUGUGCUCCGCACGACUAGAAAUAUAGUUACAACCAUUCGAGAGUUUCCCCAUAUACGAAGCCGUCCCGCACAAGACCCAUCCCUCGUGACUACUAGAUUACAAAGUGUGCCAUUAUUGGAAAUGGAUCAUGCAAUAUACUCAGUCACCUGGGCAAGCUUUCUUUUAAACCCAACCCCAAUACCUCCUGGUCAUAACCAGCAUCAACUAGUACCCAUGCUGAUGGCUAAAUUCGAGAAAUCCUUCCCGGAGGACGUCGGCCUUAUCGAAGAAUAUAUCCUUUCGUCAUACAACAGUUCAAGUAACGAGUACUCUGAACUAGUCGAGGAACUGAGAGUAAUUCGCACGGUAGACUCGACUCCGAGGCAAGUACGGACUCGCAACAAAUCUAGUGGAACGGAUCGGGUAAAAUUCAGGAUUGGACAAGUAUUUCGCCAUCAAAGAUACGGUUAUACAGGAGCGAUAAUUGGCUGGGAUGUUGGAUGUCACAUGGGCUCCAAUUGGAUAGCGCGGCACCAGAUCGAUUCUUACCCAGGAGGUAGGAACCAAAGCUUCUAUCAUGUACUCGUAGAAGAUGCUAGCUUACGUUAUGUCGCUGAGGACAACAUAGAGAUCGUUGCUCAGCCGGACUUGACAUCGUUGAUGAUAGUGGCGGGACAAUACUUCAAGCGAUAUGAUCAGGAAAACUGUCAGUUUAUUGCGAAUUUCAGGGAUGAAUAUCCUGAUGACUAG